AUGCGGAACGCGCCCUUUCUACAUAAAACCACUAAGAGCAUCUCCAACAGGCGCGGCAAAACAUGCGCCCGCGCGGUAAAAGCAGUUUUUCGCGCGCGCAGGUUGGUUCCGCGCGCGUCAGCGGUGGCGGGAAGUUACCGCGCGCGAGAAGCGUUUGCGCGCGCGCGGGAGAAAGCGGCACGCGGCGCGGUAGAUGUGGCGCGCCGCUUCACGCGCGCCUAUAAAGUCCCGCGCUUCGCCACGCGCACAGAACAGCCACGCGCCCUCCUCCUCGCAACCUCGUCGCUUUGCCGCUUUCUGCGCCACCACCGCGCCACCAUGCCGCCGCGCCGCUGGGGUGCUUCGGGCUUUCGCGGCGUCCGCGAGCGCCCCAACGGCUGGUACUCCGCCGAGAUACGGGCCGGCGACGUCCGGCUCGGCCUCAGGACGUUUCGGAGCGUGCGCGAAGCGGCCCGUGCGUACGACGCGGCGGCGUGGCGCUUGGAGAGGCCCCGGUUGCAGAUGAAUUUCCGGGACGUCUUCACGCGCGAGGAGGCGCAGCGCGUCGCCCCUCCGCCACGUCUCAUCACGGACAUGGACCGUGCCGACCACUCUCGGCGGCAGCGCCGUCUCCUCGUCGCCGAGGAGGACGAGCGAGCCAUGGCGGAGUGGCGCCGUCGCCACCCAGAGGACGUCGACGCCGAGCGUGCCUACUGGGCGGAGAGGACGGCAAGGCGCCGCUCGGAGCGGGCGGACCGGCGUCAGCGGAAGGCAGUGGCAAACGAGAAGUGCGACAUCGUCUCCGCAGGUGGGAGGUCGUUCUUCACCUCGGACGAUGAACGUUGGGACGACAUACAGCUCUCAACCUCGGACGACACCGACGAGAAUGAUGAUGGUGAUGGUAGCAACUUGGAGUAG